AAUUUUUAUGAUCGAUAUUUUAUAAUCAAUAUAGGGAAGGUGUUAAGACUAAGAUGAAGUGUUUAUCGAGAUAUUAAAAAAGAAUGAGAUGUCAGAAGAGAAUAAAAAAAAAUUUGAAAGAUCGACAAAAAGUUUAAUAUUUUUUCUAAAGCAAUUUGAUUAUAAUCCAUUUAAUUCAGAGAUUGAAUUUUGUGUAUUUGGAUCUUAAUUAAAUGGAUUUGGUACGAAGGAAUCAGAUGUAGAUUUCACUUUUAUUACGAAUUCUUACGUUGAUGAAAGAAUUGCUUUAAAAUAUUUAUAAUAAGAAACCAACUCUGUAGACUAGAAUAAAUUUAAAAUUAAAGAAUUUGUAGAAUUUGCCAGAAUUGCUGUGAUGAAGAUAGAAGAUUCAAAUAAUAAAAUUGAAAUUGAUAUUUGCUUUAAUAAUCUUUUAGGGGUAAUAAAUACAAAAUUAUUAUAUGCAUAUGCAAAUUUAAAUAAAAAAGUUUAAUAAGUAUCUUUAAUAUGAUAUUUUAGGGUGGAGUGUUAUUAAAGUUAUGGGGAAAGAAACAAGGAAUAAUAAAUAAAAGCUGUUUCUCAUCUUAUGCUAUUCUAAUAAUGUGGCUACAUUUUUUAUAAGAGAAAUAUCAAAUGCCAAAUCUAUAGAAUAAAUAAUAUAAACCCUCUAAUUAGAAAACUAUGUUAUCAAUCAAAAGAAAUAUUGAAGGUAGAAGAGUUAGCAGUUUUGAUGUUGAUGUCUUUUUUGUAUAUAAUAUUAGAUUUAUAAUAGGUUUAUAAUGGAUAAAAAUAUAAUUAGUUAAAGGAUUAAUUUGACAAAUCAAUGUCUUAGGUUUCUCUGAAGUAAUUAUUGAAAGAUUAUUUUACUUAUUAUUAAGAUUAAGGUGAAGGAUUUAAUUAGAAAUAUAAAAUUUCAAUAAAUGAGAAAUAAUUGAAAGAAGAAGGGGAAAAAUAUUCAAUGUGUGAUCCUUUUGAUAAGGAACAUGAUCCUAUAAAGAAAAUUAGAAAUAAUUUUAAAGAUUAAUAGGUGUUUAAUAGAGCAGCAAAAAGUAUUGAAUAAAAUGCUUAGAUUAUGUUUUGA